AUUCGGCAUUAGUUUAGUUUAGUCAAACACAGGUCGAAUGAAUCCCUCCUCAACGUUUGCAAACCCCCUCGAAAACCCUAACGCUUUCAGACUCCCACUCACUGAUUUAUUGGCAAAAGGAAAUGCCCGGCGUCUCUUCUGAUUCCGCCCGCGGCGCUUUGGUUCCACUUUCACCCGAGUCCCCGGCCGCGGCGGUGUAUCCUCUCCGCCAUGGUCUCAAGUCUCCAAUCUCUAGACUCUCCAUCUCAUGGUCACGCGGUAACUCCCUCCGCGUCUCGGUUUUCGCCGCUCCUUCUUCCGAUGGCUCCGUCAAUGACGGUGAUGGAGGAAAAGUAGUGGAAGUGAAGCUCGGCGGCGGAGACGGCGAGAUCAGCGAGGCUCAUUGGCGGAGGAUCGCCUACGGUUCGGUCUCUCCUUUUGCUCUACUCCAAAGCAGGAAAAAUGCUGUCUUCAGCUUGUCCAAAUUUUCCAUGAAUUCUUCACCUUACGAUGGUGACUGGUGGGAUUACAUAAUGGAGUACAGCAAGGACAUAAAUGCCCUUCUAGUUAAUCAGAAAUCGGCUUCAGUUCCGGUUCUCGAUGACCCGAAGUCAGUCAUAACUAAAGGAGAGGAACCAACUAGCUUGAAGGCUGCGUGGGAGCUAUUGGAAAUGUUUUAUGCAGAAAAGCCAUCUCAUUCAUGGUUACCCGAACGCCUUGUUGAUUGGUUAGCUGAUUACGAUAGCCUUUUCUCUGGAACACACCCGACUGUCCACUCAAAGCUUGUUGAUUUUCAAAAAGAACUUGUUAACUUGCAGGUUGUGGAGGAUGAUCCCAAAUAUUGGGAAGUUAUGUCAUCCGCACUUGCUGUUGGUUGGCUGAAUAUCGUAGUUAAAAUGUUGCGCUUGCAUGGAUCUUAUCGAUUAGAUCAACUCAGCAAUCGUGAGACAGAGAAUGGUCUUGUAGAGGCAGUUGCCGUUCUUAUUUCAAAAAUGCCACGCAUGCGUUUGGAACAUGAAGCCGGGAAAUUGGGUGAAUGCUAUAAGGCCAAGCCUGAUUUUGUAAAGGCAUGGGAGAAAUGGCGGGGUCAGAUAAAUAAGCUGGAUUCAAGUGCAUUCUGGUUUCAGUGUGCUCACCAGCAGACUCGGGAGGGCUUGAGAAGUAUGUUACAAAUAAUGCUGGGUAAUGCUAAUAGUCUCUGCUCUGCAACAUAUAACUGGAUAGAGCUGUAUAUUUCUCACUUCCUAUACAUGAGGCCAUUAACAGUGGGGUUAGAAAGCAUGUACAGCUUGGCACAGAAAAGCAUUCAAUUGAAACCAAUGGCUUCUGCACAUAGGCUGAUGGGGCUUAUAAUUGGAAUUCUUGGGGAAAAUACUGAGGUUGUAUUAGCAGAAUGCUUGAAAGGAUUUGGUCCUUGGAUGGUUGCGCAUGCCAUAGAGUUGUUGACUGCUGGGAGUGACCAUGCAGAAAUGCUUUUACAUGAAGAGCGUCAAAAUUUGGGGGGAAUAAGCAUAGAGGAGCUUCAUCGACUUGUUUAUGCUCAAGUCCUAUCUUCAUUUCCAUUAACUUGGCAAAUUGCUCCGAUUUAUCUUAUAUCAUGCAUGAAGCACGGGAUGGUUCUGUUACAGAGAUUAUUGUCCAAGCAACCUGUUCAAGAUAAUCAGUUAUUGCUGAAGAGCAUAGAGAUUUGCCGCCUUUAUGAACUCCAUAGUGUAACUUCAAAUAUUAUGAAGAUUGCUGGAGUACACCACUGGAAGCAUGGUCGGAAAGGUUCUGGAGUCUUUUGGCUUCAGCAAGCUCGGGAUGAAUAUCGUCUUAAUAGGAUAGCUCUGCAGUUGUUUGAUUCAGUUGGAAAAACAAUCUCUGAUGAGAGUUUCAAGCAAUGGGAAGGUUUAAUUCAGUUAUUGGGUUCAGAUUCUAAGACUGCUGGUGGACUAGAGUUCCUACACAAAUAUAGAGAUUUCAAGAAAUCUCUUCGGCAGAUUCAUGACGGAAAGGCUACAGAUUCUGCUCGGCAAGCUGUGGAAUCUCUCAUAUCACUUAUGAAAAACCCUUCUACGCCUCAACGCUUUUGGCUGCCGCUUCUUUAUGAUUCUUUGAAGCUGCUUAAUUGGAAGGAACGUCCUUUGUUGAAUGUGUCUCAGACAAAUCUUCUAUUAAAUAAACUACAAGAAUUGUCCAUGGCAAGGCUUCGGCCGGACUUUAUUGAAUCUGAGUUACCACCCCAGGCCUUGAACUCUGUUAGACUAGCUCUUGGCACGAAUCUUGGACGUGCAAUCCUAGAGGAAUGAGCCCCUUAAAGUAUGUAACCUUUGUCCACCUCCAUAAUUGUUAUUUCAGGUUUGAGAUUAUCACAAGCAAACCCAACUUGGCAUAUUUUAGAGAGAAGUCUUUGUAAUUACAUGAUAUGAAACUAAAAGAGUUGGGUUUGAUAGAUAUAAAUUUAAAGUAAAAUUUUAAUUUUGCUAAAAAAGGGAAAAAGAAUGGCUUUGAUA